GUCCAAUGGUGUACUUGGAUUCGCUGGCUGAGGCUCCGUCGCUUCUGGGACUCACGAGUAUGAAAGAACAAACACGGAGGAGGGGAGAGUGGAAGAGCGAGUGGUAGUCUGGCUCUUUGUAACAAAUGGCGGGAAUGGGUUGGUACGGACCUUUAAUCGAUCUGUCGAGAGCCUCUUCUCACGUUGGCGAUUACGUUCAACUCCUCGUUUUUGUUCAUAAAUCCACUCCCAUUCAGUAUAAGCUGCCAAAAGGUGGAGCUGUAAUUAGGACAGACAUUCAGGUUGGUGAUGAUACCCGGCCAUUUUUCUCUGUAUCCCUAUGGCAAAAGCAGAUGGGAUUGAUGGCAAUUUCUGGAAAUGUCAUUUUGUUACAGAAUGUCAGGAUUACAAGAUUUGGAGAUUUUGUCGAGGCUCGAACCAUCCAAUGCUCAUCUUUACUAUGUUUAAUCCAUCCUUACGAAUCAAUUAUCUCAAAGGGUGUGGAUGACUUGAUUAGGGAUUUUCAAUUUGGGAUAUCAAUGAAGGAAAAGCUUAGGAGGGUAAUAGAAUGGGUACAACAAGCUGGGUCUAGUCUUCAUGAUAUGCAUUUUCACGGCCAUCAACAGAAGAGGCCACUAUUAAAAAACUGGAAAGCGCAUGAAGAGAGAAUAUCUCGGAACUGUUUCUCACUUUCAGGAGUGUCACAUCUGACAAGUUCAAGUAAGGUAACCUUUUAUGCAAGUGUAGGUGAAAUUUUUCUGCCAUUUACCUGGAGAACUCUAGAUGAAUCUGAGAAAGAAAGGAUGUUCAUCAGCCAGAGGGUGUCUAAACCUCGAGACAAUAAUUUAGCAGCAGAUCUCAUUUGUAAUGGCUGCCAGCUAUGUGGUUCCCCUUUGGAUAUGGAGAGUGGGUCCACAUUUGAACAAACCGCCAUUCCACUCUAUUGCAAGAAAAGUUCUAACCAUCUUCAUGUAGUGAGCUUGAUAUAUCGACCCUUUAUGUUAUAUGUUUGGGAUGAAACCGGAUGCAUCUUGCUUCUUGUCAAGAACAAGACUGCAGAAGUCUUGUUUGGAAACAUAACAGCUGAGAAAGUCUACUUAUGCUAUAUGCAAAAGCAUGGAGGAAACCCCGCUCCUAAAAAUGUACAAAAGUACAAUCAUUCUGAUGCAGGAGCUGCUGCUCACCUGAAAGCUUCCGGGAAAAGAGUUGCAGAUUCUCCGUAUGCAGAUAAGAGCAUGGAACCAAAGAAAAGACAGCAGUGUGAACAAAACCCAGAUUUCUAUCUGAUUUGGUUGAUUCUGCUGAAAAUGUUACUGCAGCAAGGAAAAAACAGUCCUUUGAAAUUUGAAGCAACCGUGGAUGUUGAGCUAGAUAGGGAAAAUGGGAGGUUUGAAAUGGAAUCUGUAUCAAUCCCAUGCUUCAGAGCCGAAGUGUCCUCAGUGUUAUGAAAUCCUCGUGUAAGACGUCAAAUUAAUUGAGAAGCAUUUACAUGGACAUGUAGUCGAGCAUUUUCACCCAUUCGCCUUUCCGGAAAGAAUUAAUUGAUUAAAAGAUGAAAAGAUCCCCACAUUUGUAAAUACUAUCUCUCCCGUCUUUUUAACUUUGACAUUUGGAUUUAUUUACAUGUCAAUAAGCAUAAAAAAUAUUAAUAAUCA